CAUCGAGAUCGUACUACCUGAGACGGAGUGCCACAUCAUACAUUCACUCAUCCAAAUAGUGUUACCUCUUUGGUGCUUGCAUUAUUUUUAUCGUUUUGAUUUUUAUUCAAAAUGUCUUCCUGGCUAAGUAGUAAUUUAACAGACAGCCUAUCAAGUAUUUCUAAUUUCACUGGGCAGAUUUCUUCCUUCACUCGUGAAAUGUUAACAGAAGGGACAGAGGAGGUCUCAGACCCAUCAGCAGAGCUUCAAGUUGCACAGAGGCGAAUAAAUGAGCUCGAAUCACAUAUUAUAACUCAAAAGGCCGAGUACGAAAGGCUGAGAGAAAAUAAUGAUGAACUUCAUGUGAGACUUGAAGCGGCAGAGCUUCAGAUGAACAGCAUAUCAAGGGAUUACAGAGCUCAGUUGCAAAGCAAAGAGCAAGAGUUGAUCAAACUAAAAGAAGUUGGAAGAUUUCAUGAGGAAAAUGGUCACAAUCUUGGAAGUAGAGAGAGGCAUGACUCUACUGACAGCAUUGAAGAUUCCAUGGAGAUGAAAAGAUUGCAGAGUGAGAUUUCAAAACUGCAGGCUGAAUGCCAACACUGGAAAUCCAUAGCAAAUGGAGUGGAAAAUCAGGACAAACUGCACAAAGAAAUAGAUCAAUAUCAACAGGAAUUGACUGCACUGCAGAGCAGCUACUCGCAAAAGAUAGCUAAUUUGAACAAAAAGCAUAAACAAGAAUUACAAAACUGGCAAGAUGAGAAAGAGGAAUUUUUACAGAAGAUUGAAGAAUUGGAAGAGACGCUUCUUAAGUACAGUGAGACAGAAAGUGUAUCUCAUUUUGAAAAGGCUUUUGAUCAUGCAAAUGAUAACACAGAUGUAGUGUUGUCUCUAAAGAAUCAGUUGGCCACUGCUGAGGAGUCCAUUGCUGAACUUAAAAAACAGAUUGAAACUCAAGAGCAGCAGAUUAAUACUUUAAAUAUGGAAGUCCAAGACAAAGAUCAAGCUAUUAUGACAAUGCAAAAGGAUUUCAAUGACUUGCAAGCUAAAUUGCAAGAUGCAGGUUCUGUGCAUGACCAAACUUUGUCUGACUAUGAAAGUAAAUUAAAUCUGAGCACGAGUGAAGUGGAAAAACUCCAAAAAUAUCUCGAGGAUCAAAGUAAGGAAAUGCUGGUUUUGAGAUCUGACUCUGAAGGCCUUCAUAAAUUACAAGAAGAGCUCAACGUUGUAGCAGCAGAGAAUGCAGAAUUUAAGAAACGUCUCAGUCAAAGUCAUGCAGAGGAGAGGAGACUUCAUCGCUCAGUGGAGGAGGUGAAGUCUGAGCUAGAACAGCUUAGUUCUUCAACCAUGGAUUUAAUGGAAGAACUUCAAUUAUCUCAGGAUCUUCAACAAGAACAGAAGAUUGAGCUGGACAAUUUGAAGAAGGUGAAGUACAUCAAAGGAGAUGCCAAGAAAGAGAUGGGAAAAUUAAGGAAUGCACUGGCUGCUCUGUGGGAGCGCCAUUUGUGUCUGGUGCAGCUCUACCAGCAGGUCAGACAUGAAUUGAACAACAGUAACGCCAGGCUUAUGGCCAUGUUCCAGGCUCAACAUCUCAGUACUAACACUGUCCGUGAUGACCUGAAAGUCCUUCAGCAAAGGCUGGAAGAUCGUAACCAGGCUAAACUGGAACAUAUUGAGAAAGAGAAGGAAGCCAUGAUGAGCAAAUCAGCGGAGCUUGAAGUCACGGUAGAGGAAUUGGAAGGUGGUGUGAUGGACUUGCAAUCAGACAAUGAACAGGUAGCACACGAAACAAAAUACUGUGUCACAGAGAUAGGAAGGCAACAGGGGAAUGACGAAGAGGCACGUAAUGAUAUUGUGGUAUGGUUGGCCGAGAAAGCAGUGUUGGAGAGUACUAUUGUCGGACUGCAGCAGAAGCUUCAAGAUGAGAGACGAGAGCGUUCGGAUUCGCUGAAGAAUAAGAACAACGAGGGUGUGGAUGGUGUAGACAGCAGGUCAGGAUCAGCCGAGAGUGUGGCCAGUUUCACAGGUAGCACACCUCGGGAAGCUGAAUUAUCUAUCGAUAUGGGAGACCUAAGGAGAAUCAGCGACGUCUCCAUUGAGCCCGAUAUUAGGCAGGAAACUGAGCUGUUACAAGAAACUGGCGUCUUUCCAGGUAACGAGAGCGCAAUCAGCGAGGAAUUAGAGCUUUCUGAGCUGAAGCAACGGAUCCAAGAGUACCAACUGCAGUUAGAAGAGUUUGAAUUGGCGCAAAAGGAUUGGGAGGGAGAAAAGGAUGCUCUUGAAGGUCUGGUGUUGAAUCUUAGACAACAGGUGAAGGAGCUGCAAGUGUUCUUGGGUAACAGCCAUGGUGAAGAGGAAAUUGCGCGACUUCGACAAGAAAACGAUGAAAUCUCUUCUAAAAACAAGCAUCUUAUGGAGGUGUGGCAAACAUUAGAGGAAGACUUUAUCUCACUUGACAUUAGCCGUUCACGCGUAGAAAAUGAUUCUGAACUUGACGAGGACCGAAUGCGGUUACUACGUCAAGACCUAAAUAAAUGCGUGGAGAAGUUAAGAGAGGACAAUUCACUUGUACGAGUGCAGACGGAGCAACUUAUUCAACAAAUUGACGAAAAAACUUCCAAACUAAAUGAUUUGCAAAGUGAGCUUGAGGCGAAAAAUGUUGAAGUGAAAACCAUCUGUGAUGAAAAAAGAGAUUUAAUGAUGAUGAUCAAUGAACGAGACGAGAGAAUUUGUGAAAUUGAAGAAAGCUUUAAUAAUCAUUUGCUAGACUUUACCAGCUCAAAGGAUAAUGAAAUAAGCCUUCUUCAAACAGAGCAACAAGAUUUGGUAAAACUUUUAGAAGAAACUCGCCAAGAAUGCUCCUUACUCAGAGGCAAAAAUAACGACUUGCUUGAUAUCAUGGGACAGAAUCAACAAAGUCAACACGAAUUUACUGCGGAAAAAAAAGGCCUAGAAUUGUUAUUAACUGAAAAGGACAAACAACUUGAGAAUGUAGAAGGAGAAAGAGAAAAUUUCGAAAGAAUGGUCCAAGAAAGAGAGAAACGAAUCGAGUCACUAGUGGCAGAGAACAACAGUAUGUUGAUGGAAAAAGAAGUUCUGCAAAGUUUAAUUGAAGAAUACAAAGAGAAGGUUCAAGUUCAGGAAAAACAGACCACAGAGAGAUCUAACCUUGUAAAGGAACUUGAGCAGCUAAAUCAUAAAAUUCAAAUUACCGAGGCCAGAUGUAGCGACCUGGAUGCAAAACAAAUGGUUCUUUCGCGAAUAAAGGAAAAUCUUGAACUCGAACUUCAAAAAAGCGGUGCAAAGGUAGACAAAAUUAUUUCUGAACUCAAAGAAAAGUCUGUAGAGAUUGAAGUGUUAAAAGAGGAGAAUAGCAAGCUUGUUGUGGCGGCCGAAAGCCACGUCAAGACUUGUAAAGAGUUAGAAGAGAAUUUGUUGGUGAACAUCCGAGAGAAGGAAGAAAUAUCCAAACAACUGGGAAUGAAAGAUUUACAGGUUGAUAAGCUGGAACUUGAUCUAAGAGAGAAAGGGUCUGACAUAGAUCUUCUUAAGUUAGACUUGGCAAAGUUGUCCAAAGCCCUGAAAGAGAAGGAACAAGUCAUUCAUACUCAAGUCGUAAAUGCUUCAAACGUUGGGGCGCAAGGCGUUGAUGAUGCUAUGUAUCGACAGGCGCAGCUGUUGAGGCUACUGGAAGAGAAAGAUCAGGAAAUAGCAGCUCUGAAACAGAAAGACGCCUCUCUGAUUGAACUUGUGAAUCAAACGGAUCAGAACAGUCAUCGAGUACAAGAGGCAUAUGAAGGCAAGUUACAACAAAUAAGGGAGGAGAGAGAUAGGUUGUUAGAUGACUUGAAUCUGCGUAAUGAAGAGUUACUGACUUUUGAAGACAAACUUGAUGCCAUGAGAGAGAAGAUGAAUAGUAAAGAUCAAGCUUCACACUUGCUACACAAUGAACAUGCGCGAUUGCUUGCCUUGAACGAGUCUCAAGCGAAUGAGAUGGGUAAAUUGAGAGAAAGGAACUCAGCGCUGCAGAAACUUGUUGAAGAGUACAACAGGACUAAAAGUAGUGAGUCCCAAAGAUUGCAAGAGGACAACAACCAGCUAAGACGUCAAAUAAACGGGCUGCAAGUUGAACAUGAAACUUUAACAACUCUUAUUCAAGAGAAAGACAAACAAAUUUCCACUCUUGCGCUGUUGGCAAGGACAGAUUCUCCAGACCCCUCCCCACAAGGGAUGGAACCGCAGUUGAGGAGACUUCGGGAAGAAAGAGAGGUUUUAUUGCGAGAGAGAGACUCGGCAUUAAGAGAAAAAGAACUGAAAGACAUUGAAAUAUCAAAACUACAGGAAGAUCAGUUAUCAGUGAGUCAAACUUUAGAUGAAAAAUGUAAUUUAGCGAACAAAUUGCUGGCUGACAAUGAGGAUCUCUCCAAACAGUUGACCAAUGUACAAUCAGAACUCAGUGAACUGUCCCUAGAAAAAUCGAAUUUAGCAAGGAGUGACAACAAAUUGAAAGAAUUGGAAAAACAAGUUAAUUCGUUGGGGAAUAUUGUUGAAUCCAAAGACAAAGAACUAAAAAAAGUUUUAGAAAACGGUCGAAAUGAAAAAAGUUCCAUUUUAGUUGAACUGGAAAACGUCAAAAGUGAAAGAGACGAGAUUCUAGAACAGAAAGACUUUGAAACAAGCGAGUUAAAAAGCAAAAUUUUACAGCUUGUACGCUCGGUAACAGACUCUGAAAGCAAUGGGGAAGAAAAUGUAGACAAUAUCGACAAGAAUUUUCAAUCCUUGCUUCAUACAGUGAAAAAUCAGCGAAAUAGUGCUCUCAGGGAACGAGAUAAUGAAAUUCAAUCUCUGCGGGAACAGCUUUCAAACGUUAAGUUACUAAACAAAACCACCGAGGCUCAUGGGUCAGAGUUAGAGCGUGUAUUGCGUGACAAAGAAGAGUUACACAGGAUGCUAUUACAGUCACGCAAUGAGAAGGAAGACUUGUUGCGCGAGAACGAAUCGACUGUAGCAGAAUUGCAAGAUCAGAUUUUGAGUCUCAGUCGAGCGGUCAGUGAAAAGGACCGCUCAUCACAUCAGGACUUGCAGCGUGUAAUCCAAGAGAAAGAGCGUAUUGUAAAUGAGCUUGAGCAAGCCCACAGGGAUAGAGAGGAGGUUAGUAAUGCCAAAACACAACAGAAAGGUGAGAUAAGCAGACUACAAGCUGAGCUGCACGAUCUGAAAGGCAUUCUGACAAAAGAGCGAGCGACUAUUACCAGUUUUAACAGAGAGGUGGACCAAUACAAGAUGACGCUGCAGGAGAAAGAGAGGAUUGUAAAGGACAUGACGUUUGAGAGGGAACAGUUACAGAGGACACAGGAGAAACUGCAAUUCCGCAUUCAGCAACUUCAAGAGGAGUUGAUUACCGCCAGUAGUGGACAGAAGGUGGCUGAAACUAAGAUGGCGCAGGAAUUAGACCGCCUCAGAAAUCACUUAGUACAGGUUGAAGAGAGCUACACUCGCGAGGCCCUCGAGGCUGAGGAGCGAGAGAAGGACCUGAGGGUGAAGUUGGCUCGUGCAGAAGAACAGCUGUUAUCAAGUUCACACUCCAUGCUGGACAGAGAUCGCCAAGCAUCUGUACAGAUUGAAAACCUCCAGGAACAACUCCAGGCCAUAGCGGCUCAACGUGAUCGCGCGGUCAUGGAUCUAGCCUCGGUUCAGGAGCAGGCGCAUCAAUACCAGACCGCUCUCACCAAUCUACAGCUUGUUCUUGAACAGUUCCAAAGAGAACGUGAAUCUCAGCUGAGAGCUACUCAAGAAGAGGCACAGAAACGGGUUGAUAUGGCCUGGGCACAAGUUAAAGAACUGCAACAGAGAGAAAAUCACAUGAAGAGUCAGUUAGAAAUGGCUGCUCGUAUAACGCAAGAGGUGGUGAGCAUCCGAAACCAACUGAAAGCCAAAGACGUGGAACAACUUAAAACUAAGGAAGAAGUUAUCCGACUGGAAGAAGAAUUACGAGUUGCUCAGGAGAGAAUCAGCAGCCUAAGCAGCUUGUCAGACAGUAAGGUUGAAAAAUCGCUGCUGAAAAACAUGCUGAUGGGAUAUUUCAAUACACCGGAAAACAAACGAAUGGAUGUUUUACGAGUCAUCGGAGGUUUGCUUGGCUUCACACACGAGGAGCUUGACAAGGUUGGGACUGGAUCCUCACCUCCCACAGGAUCUUGGAUCUCCAAUUUAAUUCCGUUCGGUCCCAUUGCCCCUAAGACUCCCACAAGGACAACAGCCUCGGCACCAAAGUCGUUUUCGGAGUUGUUUGUAAGUUUCCUGGAGAGUGAGUCUGAAGUGCCUCGUUCCAGUGGUGAAGCAAGCGGACGAGUGACAAAUCCUCUUCUGUCUGGCAUGACACCACAGCAAUCUACAGCUAGUCACGUGCCAAGAGGACUACCAAUGGCAACUUCGACUCCUAUUGGUACCCCCUCUAGAGGUAAUGCACCUAACCUGCCUCCCUUUCCACAGUCUGCCGUGCCACGUCCUCCUACUUCAGCACCAGGCGAGGGUGUAACGAGAGCUAAUUCGUUAGGCACCAGUGGGAACCCUUUACUUAUGGGUUCACUCCCACCCGUCAAAGCUAAAUCGUCAGGAACCAAUGGGAACCCCUUACUAGUGGGCUCACUGACACCUGUCCAAGAUCUUCCAACUCCUAGUGGCUCCAGCUCUUUACGGACCUUACUUGAGGGACGGACGUAGCACAUUGAGGUCGCCGAACCAUAACGUCACAGCGUCGCUGUUGAACCAUUUUCUCCACAAAUCUAGUUCCUCUUGGUCGAGAAAGGGGCACAUUUGGGAAUAACUUUUUGUGUCAUCUGAAUUAUGAGAUGGGGUUUCAGUAAAAUUACAACAAACACAAGAUAGCCUUGUAUCAGAAGAAUAAUUAAUUUUACAUUUAGUUUUUAGGUAGCGAAUUAAAACUAAAUUCUGAGAAUGCCUGUUGGGGUUCCCAGUUUCAAGUUCAAUAAUCAAAAUAAAAAAAAUAUGCGGUGGA